GGCCAGUUCCAGUAGCUCGAAGGACGCCGUGAAGAACGUAAGCCGGCUCGAUCAUCAUUGCGAUCAACCCUUUCACUCAAAAACUCUGGAUCCCCAGAGGUCCAAUUAGGAAUUUAUCAAUAAUAAGACUCCAUCGAACGAAUUCUCUGUUAAACCCUAUCGCAUUGAUAGUCAUCAACGACAAUCUCAAAGUCCCAUGUUAUCAUUUCCUGGAUUGCAAUCAGAGUGCAGUGUUAUAUCGUGCGGUGUACGAAAUAAAGCCAGGGAGAGUGCGGGGAGAGGGAUUCACCCUGCAACCCCUUGUAUCAAUGGGUCUGCUCGUCGCAUUGCAACGGGAAUGAAAGAAUUCAAUUUGAGGGAAGAGCUGAGAAUCAUGGAUGAGGAGACGGUGCGUUCGAGUACCCUUCUCGAGGAGACAUUCUACAUAACAUCGAAGAAGAACACCUAUUACAGAGUUAAAUUAAGUGAUAAAGGCCUGAGCCUGCAGAAGGAGAGCAAUGGAGGGACGAAGACAGAGACUAUAGGAUUGAGCGAUAUAAUCGGAUGCAGAUGCAUGAGAUCCAAGAGGAGGAGUGCGGGGAGCUGUGCAUGUCGUCCAAGUGUUUCCAAAAGUCAACUCAGACUCGUCGAGUCGUCCUCCGAGGGCUUUAGCACUUGGGACGAACUUGAUACAUCGGUUUAUCUCUAUAUUUAUGCCUAUACACUAAAAAAAGCACGUGUUAAGGGCGCGAGGAGACGUGAGAGAACGACAAUAACACUGAGGUUUCGAUCGUUCGAUAAGUAUGAGGACAAUUUGAGGGAAGCUAGUCGGUGGAGGCUAGCUAUCAAGUGUCUUGUGGGGAGGGUGGCGAUACCCUGGAAUCUCAUGAGCCCCAGUCACGGAAAUCUCAAUGAUUUAUUGAAUGCAUGCACAGGUGAGCGUAAAAAAAUUCUCGUUCUCCUGAAUCCAAAGUCUGGUCCUGGCAGGGGGAAGGAGCUGUUCCAGCGACGAAUUCACCCAAUUCUAUCGGAAUCCGAGAAAACCUAUGACGUACAUAUCACAAAGCACUCCAAUUAUGCCCGGGAAUUUGUCAGAACGAGGGAUAUAUAUCAGUGGAGUGGUAUAUUAUCAGUCGGGGGUGAUGGAAUUGUCUUUGAAAUUGUUAAUGGACUUUUAGAGAGACCAGAUUGGGAUAAAGCACUGAGGGAAGUGCCGCUGGGCAUUAUCCCUUGUGGAUCGGGAAAUGGAUUAGCCAAGUCUAUUGCAUACGCCAAGGGGGAGCCAUACGACUCGAAUCCGAUGCUGAUAAGUGCCCUAUCCGUCGUGAAGAGUAGACAAACCCCUAUGGACCUUGUUCGAGUGGAAACACGCAAUCAAAUUCUCUUCUCCUUCUUAUCCAUUGGAUGGGGAUUCCUAGCAGACAUUGACAUUGAAAGUGAAAGCCUGCGAGCCAUUGGAGCCCAACGCUUCACCAUUUGGAGUUUAGCCAGGCUCAUUGGAUUAAGAACGUACAAAGGACGGGUAUCAUACUUACCGUGUGACAAAGUGCCCAUUGUCGAGAGCAAGAGUAAUGGAAAUAUCUACGAUAAAGAUUUUAAGGAUGGGGUCAUUAUUCCACACUCGAGGAGCUAUGAAGAUGAACUCGACAGAUAUUGUGGAGUUCGAGAAUCCAAGAGUUAUCACGAUGUUUUGGAUUCAGGCACGAAUGAUCUUGAUGAUAUGUAUCUAGACGAAAAUGAAAUUAUCACCGAGAAUUUAGCACUGGAAACAGAGACCCAGACUCGGACAAGAUUAGAUAGUUUUUAUUCAGCAACAUCACGGAAAUCUACGUACUUCAGCACUGGAUCUGCAUCGAGUUACCACAGUAUGGAGGAUAACGAUAAUUCGAAACCAGACGACGAUAACGAGGGCGGCAAUCGCGUGAUGUACGGUCCAUCCUCAUCGCUUCCUGCAUUAACUGCACAACUUUCGAACAGUUGGAUACAGAUACAAGGUGAAUUUGUCAUUGUGCACGCAGCGUAUCAGUCACAUAUCGGUCAAGAUUGCCUCCUCGCACCGAGAGCAAAGCUGGCCGAUGGUGUGAUAUGGUUAUUGAUUAUAAGAGCUGGUAUUACACGUACCAAUCUACUUCAGUUCCUGUUGGGAUUGAGUACAGGCAGCCAUUUAACCUGUCCUGGAGUGGAAAUGAUACCUGUAAGAGCCUUUCGUAUCGAACCGGAAGGUACAAAUGGCCACAUGACUGUCGAUGGAGAGGAGGUGGACUAUGGACCACUGCAGGCUGAGGUCUUCCCCUCUCUGGCAAACGUUAUGAGUCCUUGACCAGUGCCAUGAGGACACUGACUUUAUGCACUUGAUGAAUUUCAAUCAAAAUUAAUACGCUCAUAAAUUAAGCCGCUGCUGAUGCACCACUAGAGUAUUUUUCGAGACUUCCCUGGGCCUUUUUGUCGAUCAAGAAGGAUAAUUCAAUAAUUUAGGGAAAAGGAAGACAAAUUCGAUGACUAGAUCGAUCACUUCGAUCAUUCGUUAUGUAUUCGGGGAGAAUACCGAUUGUAAAUAUUGUAUUUUAAUUGACUAGUGUUAAUCGUUCGAUUAGUAGUAGGAUUUGAAAAUAAUUGUAAGAUUUUCGAGGGCCUAGGAGGCAUGUGCCAACCGUGAGGAGCCAGAUCAUUGAGUAUUUGUGAAAAAUUUUAUUAAAUACAGCUAAUUGAGCUUUAAUGUGAGGUUUUGAAAUUCGUUAUGAAACAUUCAAGGAAGAAUUUGAUGAGGAUUUUAAGUUCUAAUACCCAAAGACCUUCAAACUUGUCGGACAUAUCCCGAAUGUUUUAUUACGCAGCAAUGAGAACGAAUUUAUUGCAAAACUAAUCCCGAUUCUUCAAUGAGCAAACACUUAGAAAAACCAGAGCAAAUUCUAUUUCCCAUUCUCCAACUGAAUUAUUGGCCGAGGUCUCGUUAAUGUUGAUCGGAUGAGUUUUCUAGUUAAAAAAAAGAAAAUACAUUGAAAAAUUGCUGUUCAAUAUUUUUUAGAAUCCACGAUUUGUAUGAACAAUCACUAGGGAAUUAUAAAACGCUUCAUUUCGUUUACACGUUAUGAAGAUUGUAGGGAAGUGCUGAAUGAUUAUUUUGCAAAGAUAUCUACAAAACGAGUUUUACAUGUUGCUCUGACCAUCGACCUUCCAAAAGUAUUUGAAUGAAAUACUUAUAAAACAGCCGUUUCAUUUUCUCCUUAUUCAUCACUUCCCUAUCGAACUGAAUUGUUUCUCCGAUAUUUUUGAUGUUUUUUUUGGCAUAUUCUCAAGUGUCAUUAGCCGUCCCAGUAAUGAUGAUCAAAGUAUUAAAUAAAGUUGAAUUUAUAAAA